AGAUGGUCUUUCCUUUUGCCUUGUUGCAGCAGAGAGAACAAGAUGGGUCACCAGCAGCUGUACUGGAGCUAUCCAAGAAAAUUCGGCCAGGGUUCUCGUUCUUGCCGCGUCUGCUCAAACCAGCACUGCCUGACCCAGAAGUAUGGCCUUAUUAAUAUGUGCCACCAGUGUUUCCAUCAGUACUCGAAGGAUAUAGGCUUCAUUAAGUUGGACUAAGUGAACUUCUUUGAAUGGGUCAUUCAAGACAUCCACCUUAUUGCAGAAUGGCUAGCUCUUUGUACAUAAAAUAAAAUUUAA